AUGGCGGCGCUAGCGAAGAAUCACAGGCUCUGCUUCAUCCUGCUCGUCGUGUUCAUCACCUCUGCCACCCCCUCCGCCGCGGCGCUCUCUGGCUCAUACUCCUCACGGUGCGUGUCCCCGUCGCCGGCUGCCGACCAACACACUGACGUGGACGACGCCUCUGCGCUCCUCCGGUCGUUCCAUAUUACAUCUGGCGUCUUCUCCGGCGAAGGCGCGGACAUCCUGUUCGCCCCUCGUAGCUUCUACGCCGUCUCCGGCCUACACCAGUUCACCGACGGCUUCGUCCGGCGCUCCUUCUCCCUUCUCCCCCACUCCGUGUCCCGCACCACCGAACCCGGCGUCCUCCACCUCGCCGCCACCCUCACCCUGUCCGGCAGCCGCGUCCAGGUAUUCGAGAGCGGCGCCGGCCGUAGUUUCGAGAAGGAAAGGCAUUCCAUUUCCUUCUACCUCGACGGAUACUACUCGUCCACCUCCGCGCAGCUCUGCAUGGUUGGCGAGGGGAGUGACCUUUCCAUUGACGGCUCCAUGAAGCAUUACGCGGAUGUCGCCCUCCACCUCCGGAUCCCCAGCCCUUCCAGCCUCACCGACCCCUUCGUCACCGGCAGCCUCGAGGGUGCCGACUUCGAGCCCUUCUCCCUCGUCACGUACGCCGAGGGGAGCAGCUACAGCUACGGCGAGAACGCGUCCUGCCUGCCAGAGCCGGACAGUCAGCCUGCUGCCGCGCGGCGCGGCAUCCAGACGACGCCGGACGGCAACUUCUCGUGCGCCACCCUCCAGGAGCGGAUCGCCACGUCGUACCGGCUGGAGUACGGUCCCGGGUAUGCGGUGAGCUUCCCUUCGCUGCACGAUCCGCGGAUGUACGUCAACCAGGUGCACUGCACCCCGGGUGGCGCCGUGCGAGCGUACGCGGUGUUCUCCAACGACACGGCCGACAAGUGGGGCUUCAGGCACAUCUUCUUGUCCGAGGAGGCGGCGGUCGUCGCCGACGGGCACUGGGACAGUGACACGAACCGGCUCUGCCUCCGCGCGUGCCUGGUGGCGCGCUCCUCGCAGGCGCCGGCGACACCGUCGACCCGUACUGAGCUGCAGGUGCACGAGUGCGGGAUCGGGAUGAGCUUAUGGUUCCCGGCCGUGUGGACGGUACGGGACCGGAGUGUCGCCGCCGGCGUGAUCUGGAACGCGACCCAGAUGAACAGCAGCGACAACCACACAAGUGUAGGCCCCGACGCUCUGAUAACAGCGUCGAGCUUCCAGGACUGGAAGGGCAACCUCUCCGACGUGAAGUACAUCUACAACUUCACCAUGAUUGAGGAGGCCAAGAAGCAUUACCUCAAGGCCGGGCUGAGCACCAGCAAGAAGAAGAAGAGCAACGGUUCGUUCCUGGGAAACUACACUUACUCGCACCGUGAGUUCUACUUCCCGUUGUUCUUUGAGGGAGAAACAGGGAGCGGGCACGCCCGCCCGGUCAUGAUCGGCUCGGCAAUGGUUGACGGCGACCAUCGGGCUGCCAACCAUUCGUUCUCCCGGCACGCGGCGGCUCAGCUAAAGCAGAGUACACUGGUGAAUGUCAGCUAUGAUAUGUCGUACGAUGUUGCACCUAAGAAUUGGUCUUCCUUUGGCCAGCUCGAACGACAGCAUAUCCGGGCCGAGGGCGUUUACGAUCCUACCACGGGCUCCCUGUGCAUGGUUGGCUGUGGAGAGCACAAUGGCUCAAUGGACUGCAAGAUCUUGGUAAGCGUUCAGUUCUUUGGUGGUGACAAGGGGUUUGGCUAUGGCGGUGGCGGCAGGGGGAGGAUCAGCAGCCUGAGGGAUAGCAGCGACCGUCUCUACUUCCCAGGGAAGGGUUUCACCGUGUCCGGGAUGUACUGGCGGUCCGUAGUGUCCGAGUCAAUCUGGCGGAUGGACAUGGAGAGCGUCGUGGUGGUGAUAUCCACGACGAUGACAUGCGUCCUCACCGUCCUGCAGAUCCUCCACACCAAGAGGAACCCCAGGGCGGCUGCUUCCACAUCGAUCACCAUGCUCGCCGUCCAAGCCUUGGGGCUCGUCACCCCUCUCGUGGUGAAUUCUGAGCUCGUGUUCUUCAACAAGAGGAAGGACUUCGCCUGGCUCUCCGACAGCGACAAGGGGUGGCUCCAUCUCAACGAGCUGAUGCUGAGGGUGCCUACGCUGAUUGCCUUCGUGCUGCAGCUGCGCCUUCUUCAGCUGGCAUGGUCCGGCCGGAUAUCCGUGGACCGCGGCAGCGAAGGCGAGGCCUCGCCGGCGGCCGUCGAGAGGAAGGUGCUGCGUACGUGCCUGCCCCUGUACGUCGUCGGAGCCGCCGUCACCGGCGUCGCUCACAUGAUGAACGUCCGCGCCGCGAGGGAAGCGGAGCUGGUCCCUCGCCGCUUCGCUCCGGCCGAGGCCACCACGCUGUGGGGUGACCUGGCGUCGUACGCGGGGCUCGUGCUGGACGGGUUCCUGCUGCCCCAGGUGAUCUUCAACGCGGCGUCCGGCUCGAGGGUGAAGGCGAUCUCGCCGUGGUUCUACGUCGGGGGCACCGCGAUCCGCGGGGCGCCUCACGCGUACGACGCGUUCAGGGCUGUGAGCUACGCGCCGACCCACGUAUACGCGAGCAGCCGCGACGAUUUCUUCGGCGUCGCGUGGGACAUCGUUGUGCCGCUGGGAGCGGCGUUGCUGGCCUUCGUGCUGUUCUUGCAGCAGCGGCUUGGAGGAGAUUUGUUGCUUCGUCCGAGGAGCAGGGGGUCGGGUGAUUACCAGUUGGUUUCUACUACUAAUUAUUAAAGAUGUGCGAUAAUCUUAAAUUUAGGGUUGAUUUGAGGUUUUUUACUAAAAUUUAUUUUCUAGCAUUGGUUUUAGAUCGCUAAGAUAAGAUAGGCACAAUGUCAGUAGGAAAUCGAUAAAGUGAUCGGAGAAAGGGAGAUGCUGUCACUCUGCUCUAUCUUUACACUUAUACUUGUA